CCAACACCCAAUUCCAAGGAUGAACGACAUGCUCUUCUUUAACGUGGACAACGGCUACAUUGAGGGCGUUGUCCGAGGCUACCGCGCCGGCCUCCUUACCAACCAAACCUACCAAAACCUAUCUCAAUGCGAAACCCUAGACGAUCUCAAACUCCAGCUCUCCGCAACAGACUACGGAAACUUCCUCGCGAACGAGCCAUCACCAAUCAGCACCUCCACCAUCGCGGACAAAGCAACCGAGAAGCUCGUUGCUGAGUUUAGAUAUCUGAGGGGACAAGCAGUAGAGCCACUGGCGAAGUUCUUUGAUUAUAUUACGUAUGGGUAUAUGAUCGAUAACGUCAUCCUCCUCAUCACUGGCACAUUGCAUGAGCGGGAUACGCACGAGUUGCUGGAUAGGUGUCAUCCCCUCGGAUGGUUCGAUACGAUGCCAGCGUUGUGCGUGGCGACUACGGUUGAGGAGUUGUAUAACAGUGUGCUUGUCGAGACGCCGCUUGCGCCGUAUUUCAAGCAUUGUCUCUCGGCUGCGGAUUUGGAUGAGAUGAAUAUUGAGCUCAUUCGUAAUUCGCUGUAUAAGGCGUACCUGGAGGAUUUUGCGAGAUUUUGUGAUGGGUUGGGUGGGAUUACUGCGGAAUCGAUGAGUGAGAUUUUGGGGUUUGAGGCGGAUAGGAGGAGUAUUUCCAUUACGCUUAACUCCUUUGGGACGGAGUUGUCGAAGGAGGAUAGGCAGAGGCUCUAUCCUAGUCUGGGGAGGCUGUAUCCGGAGGGUGACUUCCUGCUAGCUAGGGCUGACGAUUUGGAGGGUGUGAAGCUUGCUUGUGAGGGUGUUAGCGAGUACAAGGGCUUCUUUGAGCAGGGCUUGGGAGGAACUGGCGCGAAUCAGAAGACGUUGGAUGAUUACUUCUUUGAGCGGGAAGCUCAUUUGAACAAGUUGACGUUCUUGCAACAGUUCCAUUAUGGGUUUAUCUGGGCUUGGCUGAAGUUGAAGGAGCAGGAGAUCAGGAAUAUUGUCUGGAUUGCGGAGUGCAUCGCACAGCAACAAAAGGACCGAAUCAACAACUAUAUUGCGGUAUUUUAAAGGGGUG